AUGAUAAUGGGGAGCCCUCAGACGAUCUGGUACCUGCCAUUCUGGACACUGCCCAUCAGCACAACAUCCAGGUAUGGUUCCCAUGGUGCAUUUUACCGUUAUAGGAACAGCAUGGGCAAGAGCCUCCCACUCUUUUAUAUCUACGACUCAUAUCUGACACCCCCUGAGGCCUGGGCCCACCUCCUGACACAAAAUGGGCCCCACUCGAUCCGCAACACUCCCUAUGAUGGGGUCUUUAUAGCGCUGCUGGUGGAGGAGGGCCACACCCAUGAGAUCCUUGCAGCAGGAUUCGAUGGAAUGUACACCUACUUUGCCUCCAAUGGCUUCUCCUUUGGCUCCUCCCAUCAGAACUGGAAAGCUGUGAAGAACUUCUGUGAUACCAACAAUCUGAUGUUCAUUCCUAGCGUGGGGCCUGGGUACAUCGACACCAGCAUCCGGCCCUGGAACAACCACAACACUCGGAACAGGGUCAAUGGCAAGUACUAUGAGACAGCCCUACAGGCGGCCCUGACUGUGAGGCCGGAGAUUGUCUCCAUCACCUCUUUCAAUGAGUGGCAUGAGGGCACACAGAUCGAGAAGGCUGUUCCCAAGAAGACAUCCACUCGCCUCUAUCUGGACUACCUGCCUCACCAGCCCAGCCUGUACUUAGAGCUGACCCGCCGUUGGGCAGAGCACUUCAUCAAGGAAAAGGAGCAAUGGCUGAUGUGA